AUGGCAGCUAGGGGAGUCAAGGAUGCUGGACCGACCGUAGCAAAUGCUUCAAAUGGCGAUGCCGUGAGCUGCGUGCUGUGCCCCGGCCUCCCGGGGCAGCCGGCGUUGCUGGGGUCAAAGAAGCAAGGAGCAAGGAUCGAUCACAAUAUGCCAUGGUCAUUUCAGAGGGCUCGGGAGGUGACCGAUCUGGAAUCUAGCCGGUCGACCGAGGCCGAGUGCUGCCCAUCUAAAAAAGAAAAUCCGGACCCAACGGGCAAGGCGCGAACGGACGGGGCUGGCGCCACGCCUGGGCCCACCACCACCACACCCUCUCCUCUGCCCGAGCUUGCCAAAGAGCAUUUCUUCCCUUCCCAUGGAGCUCGCAGUGAGAGCCGCGGCGGCUUCCUGCUCCUCCUCCCCGUCGCUCCAUCCCCCGCGCGUCCCCUGCCGCCUUGGCUGCAGCCCAGGCCUGCCGCUGCGGCUCGCCGGGUGGCCGUCGCCGCGGCGGCCAUCGCCCUCGACCCGUUUCAGGAGAUCAAAACCGAGCAGGAUGAUGCUUCAAAAACUGAGGUCUUUGCGUGCCCUGUUUGCUAUGAACCGCUGAUAAGGAAAGGGCCGCCAGGCAUGAACCUGCCGGCGAUAUAUAGGUCCGGAUUCAAGUGUUCAAAAUGCAACAGGUCAUUCACCAGCAAAGAUGUCUUCUUGGAUCUCACUGUCACCUCAGGAAUGAAAGAAUACAGUGAACUGAAACCUGCUAGAACCGAGCUGUUCAGGAGCCCACUCGUCUCCUUUCUUUACGAGAGGGGGUGGCGUCAAAACUUCAAUCGCAGUGGCUUUCCUGGCCGCGAUGAAGAGUUCCAAAUGGCGCAAGACUAUUUCCAACCAGUCGCUGGUGGUAUACUCGUUGAUGUCAGCUGCGGCAGUGGCUUGUUUUCAAGGAAGUUUGCAAGCUCUGGGGCAUACUCAUCUGUGAUUGCUUUGGACUUUUCUGAGAAUAUGCUCCGCCAAUGCUAUGACUACAUCAAACAAGAAGAAACCCCUAUGAACACGAACCUUGCACUUGUAAGGGCUGAUAUUUCGAGGCUCCCAUUUGCUUCAUGUUCAAUUGAUGCCAUCCAUGCUGGAGCCGCUAUCCACUGUUGGCCAUCCCCUUCAAAUGCGAUAGCUGAAAUCAGCCGUGUGCUGAAGCCCGGCGGGGUAUUUGUAGCGACAACCUUCUUAUCCACCCCCACGAACAGCGGCCCGUUCUCUAUCGACGCACUAAGGCCACUGAGACAGAUUGUUGGGCCAGUGAACAGCAGCUACAACUUCUUCACCGAAGGGGAGCUGGAAGACCUGUGCAGAUCCUGUGGUCUGGUCAACUACAGCAGCAAGGUUCAGAGGUCAUUCAUCAUGUUCUCCGGGCAAAAGCCAUAGCUGAGUAUCACAUCCAGACUUUCUUUGUAUAGCCAGCCACUGUGUAUAUAUAGUUGUGCUUUUU